AACACACCACUUUCCUUUUUCUCUUAUCUCAUUUUCUCUCAAUAACUAUGGCUCAUCUGAGCCACAAGACCUUGAAUUAUCUUCCUGAAACUCUGUCUGAACAUGAAGCUGAGGAAGGCCAACCUACCAGUGUUGGUUCCUUUUCGUUUUGGCCUCCUCAUCUGGAGAAAGUUUUCCCCGUUUAUGCCAUGGGAAUUCCCAACCCUGUCAUGGAUUCUUCACUUCAAAAUUCAGAUUGUUUUGAUCCUAUCUGGGAUGAUGUCAGAAGAGAAGCACAGUUAGAGGCAGAAAGAGAACCUAUUUUAAGUAGCUUCUUCUAUGCCACUAUUCUGUCUCAUGAUUGCUUGGAGCAAGCAUUAGCUUUUGCUUUGGCCAACCGACUCCAAAAGCCUACUCUUUUGGCUACUCAGCUGAUGGAUAUAUUUUCUACUGUGAUAAAGCAUGAUAAAGGUAUCCAGCAUUCGAUUCGCUUGGAUAUUCAGGCAUUUAAAGAUCGUGAUCCUGCUUGUUUGUCAUAUUGCUCAGCGCUUUUAUAUAUGAAGGGUUAUCAGUCUUUGCAAGUACAUCGAGUAGCUCAUGCUUUGUGGGGCCAGGGUCGCAAAGUUUUAGCCUUAGCUUUGCAAAGUCGAGUUAGUGAGGUUUUUGGAGUUGAUAUACAUCCAGCUGCGACAAUUGGGAAUGGAAUUUUAGUAGAUCAUGGAACAGGUGUUGUCAUUGGUGAAACUGCUAUAAUUGGAAACAGAGUUUCACUGAUGCAAGGUGUAACUUUGGGUGGCACAGGAAAGGACACAGGUGAUCGCCAUCCCAAAGUUGCAGACGGAGUGCUAAUUGGAGCUCAUGCAACUAUACUUGGGAAUUUACAAGUUGGUGAGUGUGUUAUGAUAGCUGCAGGUUCCCUUGUGUUACAAGAUGUUCCUCCUCACAGCAUUGUGGCUGGUGUACCAGCAAAGGUUAUUGGAAAGUUUAUAGUUCACUGAAAAUUUCAAGCUUCAACAAGUGCUUGGUACAUUUAUAGUUUUGGAGAAGAACUCAGUCAUGGGAAGUGUUAUUUUUAGCGUUGGAGUCUCUGAGAAAGUAAUUGUCUUUCAACCUCUGCGUUCUUGAAGGAUACAUCACCCUCUUAAUAAAUUUCAAGGAAGAAAAAAGUAUAUGAAGUUUGAACUCUCAAACUCACCAAUAAGUAGGCUUACUUAAGCUCAAAACCAGAGAAUAAUUGAUAGAAUAAUCGAAUGAUUUGUUUCAUCAGUUGUAAACUAAUAUCUCACAAGUAAAAAUGCCACCGGCACCAUUGUUAAA